UCACUUGGACAUUUCAUUUGACAACAUCAAAACAUUUUUCAACGUAAUCAUGAAGUUUGUAAAGUAUUCAUUUUUCUGCGUUGUUUUAUUUUCCCCUUUUCUCGUGAAAUGCAUGCCAGAGUUAAACCGAAUCCCAGAAACAUAUUGGCAAAAUGGUCGAUCAUAUCGGAGCAAUUUUACGAUAUCCAUUCUGCCAAAUAAAACCACAACUAGAAAACCAUACUCUACUUUUCUCAUACAUAAUGCAGCCAACAAGACAACUAACAAACCCAGUAAUCCACCCUCACUAAUAGAUCCAGUAGAUUGGGAAAUGAGCGAAAUAAGCGAUUUUAAACUAGAUUUAUCAACCACUCCGAAAGUGUCGACAACGACCAAGCCGUCCACAUCCACUCACGCAACUAGUGAAAGAACCACAUCAACGACAAUUAGCGACAAUUCAUCCGGAGAUUUUCUCCUCCUUCAACAUUUUCCAAUCAAUGUGAACAACUUUUCUAUAAAAACUUCUCAAGACGAGCUUGACCAUGUUGAAGAAACAUUCACGUAUCAAGUCAAGCGACAAAAUAAGAAUAAACUGGUUGCCGACCAAGACAUUCUUAAAAAAUCGGAAUUGUUGCAAUUAUUGAGAGGGGAUAAAAACCAAGAAGAGAGAACGGCCAUAAACAACAAGGUGGACGAAGCAAGCAAAAAAGUUGAUGAACUGGAAAUUAGAAUGGGGGCAUUCUUACAACACCUUUUGGAAGUAGAGUCCAACGUUAUCAGCGGGCAUGUAACAACAAAUGCUACAAUUAAGGAGAUGCAAACUAAGGUUGGAAUGAUCAGUGAAAAUUACAGGCUUAAUGAGAAUGCUACUCAGGAUAUUCGCAACACCUUCGCUGCGGACAAAAGUCGUUUCGAAGGCCAGAUCAACUCUUUGUCUAUGCACUUGAGAAACUUGUAUAACACGACCGGAGAAAAAAUUCUGAACGUAUCUUCAUCCGUGAAGAGGCUCAAUUCAUCGGUUGAAAAUAUUUCCCACGACAUUCGAAUGAACGAGAUGAAGAUUAGGUUCAAUCAAAAGGCGUUAACAACUCUGGACAAGAACGUUCAAUCCAAUAAUGAGCAGAUCCUGGACUUGACUAGUUCAGUCGGUCCCAAGUGGGUGGAACAGACCACUGGAUGCGGAGGCAUUCUAAUAGGCGACGCUGGGCUUUUAUCCUACAAAUUUCGACAACCAUAUCUCAACAAUGAGCGUUGUAUUUGGACGAUUCGUGCCAAUCGAAGGCAACGAGUGAUGCUUCAAGUGCUCGAGGAUGGAUUCCAGAAUACCAGUAACAGUGAUUUCAUAACAGUCACAGAAUUCACCGAAGAAAUGACUCUGGUUACGAGUUCUAGAAUAGAACAAGGCAACCGAGCCGUCCACACGUUCCGAGGUCCACUGCUUUUUGUCAGCUUUUUCUCCGAUAGUACAACUCAUGGAAAUGGGUUCACGCUGACCUUUCAUGGGCACGGCAACUACUCGGCUGGGGAUUCCCUCAACUCCAUUCGAUAUCGUCAUUCCCAUUGGAAAGAUCCAGUCGGACAUGUCAACCACCCUGAAGAGAAGAAUGCUUUGUACCAGCCCAACGAGAUUUCCACCUUUGUAGUCAGCCCCAGUUCUUCCCUACUACGCGUGAACAUUAGAUACACGGACAUGGAGAAGGAGGAAAACUGCGAAUAUGAUUCCGUCAGUUUUUACGGAAGCGUGAAAUCGUCGUAUGCCUUGGCCAAAAAAUACUGCGAUCAGCAAAAAUCAUACAGUGGAGAAUCACUACAGAGUGCAGAUGGCACUUUUAUAGUAAUUUUCCGUUCCGAUAGCUCAACCCAAUUUAAAGGAUUUCAAUUUUCUUGGUAAUCUUCAAAUCACGUUUUAUCACAAGAAGUAAACUUGAUUUAUUAGCUUUUUUGUACCCCACAUAUUUAUAAUUUACUUUGAAGAUGAUUUUCACAGAGGCUAAUUUAAUGUAUGUACAUAUACAUACAUUGUUUAUAGAGAGAUUCGCUCAUACAUUUAACAAUAAAGAAUAUGCGUCUGAAUGAUAAUAAAAUGAAUAUAGGAACAU